CUUGCAUUCGUGGGUUGGCUUGUCAAUCAAAGUGCUAUUUUGUUUUCUUCCUGGUUAGCUUCACAGUGACAGAGGAGCAAAAACAUUCGGCAUAUUUCACACUGAUUUGUGAAGGAAGAGAGACCAUGUGGAUGUCACAUGAACAACAAGGAUGAGACAAAAACAACUGGGAGUUAACUUGUUGAGGAGAGGACUGCUGCCGCCCUACUUCUCCCUCCAACUGGGGAUUUGCUGCCUGUCCCACCCUCCACCCAAACAUAUGCAAUGAACAGCACUACUCAGCCCCCUGCCAUCAUAGACGGGGAUGUGGCAGUCAGUUCCGUGUUGGUACCAUUCUUCCUCAUCACCUUCAUCGGGAUAGCUGCAGCUGUGGUGAUGUAUGUGCGCAGGAAGAGAAGAAUUGACAGGCUCCGGCACCAGUUGCUUCCAGUCUAUACCUACGACCCCUCAGAAGAAUUACAUGAAGUUGAACAGGAAAUGCUGUGGAAAGAGGAAGAUACUAAGGUGGUGAAGGGUUGGGCACGGUCCUACCAGCAGCAACGUCCCCUGUUGAUGAAAGAUGCCCAUGCAUGAGUGUGUUGGAGCAGGACAUCGAUCUGUGCCAUCCUACAGAUCAGUGGAGUUAACCCUUGAGAUGCCAGAUUUGUCAAUCAUUAAACACAAAGGGGUUUUAGGAAAAGCAUGAUAAAUGGGAACAACCUGUCAUGCCUUUGCAUCACCAUCUUUGUCAUUACCAUUAUCAUCCAUCAGUCAUCAUCUCUGUUGGAGCAUUUACUUUGUACAGCGUCAGCCUCUAAGCUAAGGGGAGGUUGGUUAUUAUGUGAACCUCUGAUGCCAUGCCCGUUUUCCCGAAAGCCAUACCCUAAACCACGACACGUUGGCUAACUACUAGUGGACAUUAUUUAUUUGAGAUUAUUUAUUCUUUUUUUUUUUAACUGUGUUUGUGUGUAUGAUGAUGUGGGUGUUACUGAAACAUUUGCCUUAAUGUCCAUUGUUACUGUUUUAAGUAGUACUAUACCAGUGAGAUUAGCAAAGCCUUGACCUUGGGUGGGAUGCUUCCCAUUGUACUACUAGUUUUAGUGGUGUAAAAUUAGGUUACUAUGUCCCUCACUAUUCAAUGUCAUAAGUUACACAGAUGUGCAGUCAAUCAAUUUGAGUCCUGCAAUUUUCCUUGUUUGUUGCACUGUUAAUACCAUUAUCAAAGCAACCAAAAGAAUACCUCCUCGUCAUCAUCCAGAUAUGCGAUGAUAAAACGGUGGUGAGAAGAGAGAGCAAGAUUGUUUCCUUUUCUCUCUCUCUUUUGUUUCACUUGAGUUGUUUCAAACAUCACAUUCAGAAAUAGGAUGUGCAGAGAGAGAGAACCCUCUGGCUGUAUCUGGGAUGUCACAUGAUGGCCAAUGAAUGUAGAUAGUCAAGCAGCCUCCCCUACCCCACCCACUCCUCUCCAUUAUUUAGCUGUGACUACUGCCCUAAAAAUGUCCUGUCUGGAAGACAGGGCAACAGGAUUCUUCUAGCAGAAGAAUGUCAUAGGCCUGACUGUAUGCAGUAUUCAGGAAACCUCAUGUGUCGUUAAAGAAAUGAGUGAACAGUGAUUCAUCCUUGGAUAAUGUGCUCUCUUCUAGGUUACCCACCUUUCCUCCUUGCAUUUGUGAAUGUCAUAUUCAGGAUGAGAGAUGAAGGCUCACAUUGAAAUCAAUUAUCUUAUCAGCGCAUGUACAUGUAUGUAGGAGUCCACUCAAUAAUUUAAACAGGGAAAUAUAUCAUGUAUUUCCAUUAAUUUGAAUUUGGAAUUUAGACUUUUGACUUGAAUAAUUGACUUUUUCCUGAAUGCUAAUGGCUACGUAUUACGCUCCACUAUUUAUAAAGUCGGAGUUAAUUCCCAUGCACAUUAAACAUAUAAUGCAUUCGAUUUAAAAUGCGGUGUUCUGAGAAGAAAAUACAGGAUAGACUGAUGAAAAUACAUGUUUUGACAUCACUUAUCAAGAUUUUGCACACUAUUGUUCAAGACUGAUUAUUUUUGUUGCUUUCCAAUUGAAGCACUAAUUGACUGUCCAUGAAGUAAACUUGUAUGUGUCUUAGUGAGAAUAUGGACUUUUUAUAGAUGGUCUGGAUGUAAAGUAAAGCAAAAAUAAAAUGGAAAGGAGUUCA